AUGGACAACCUACAGCGAGAGUAUAUUCAGAGGCAUUCAGGAGAUCCCACGAUCGCCGAGGCGGGAGAGGACACAGAGGGGGCAGACGGUUCGAGCGGUGAAGAGGAUUUCGGAGUAUUCACUGAGUACGAGUUCGACUCUAACGAUGCGGUGCCCAUUUCUGAGACGCAUCGUAGCCGCCGCAAGUGGAGUCUGUUGACAUUUGCAUCCAUUGCCUUUCCUACUAUUUUGCUAUUUGGCUGUCUCAUGUACGCGAGCGUCAAGGCGCAGCAAAAAAAACCGACAUGGGCAGACUUGGUGAAACCCCACCCUUCAACUCAUCCUGAUGCUGGUGGUACUCCCUCUAUUGAACCUCCUUGGAAAGCGCCUCCUGUUGAUUCUGAAGAGGAAAGGACCUCUCCGAAUGCACAAAUCGUGCGGGGUGUAUUGUGGGAAGUUGUGAAUCAGCUGGAAGAAGAUGACCCCGCUGUUCCUUCACAAGAGGCGAGCAGGGUCAUGAAAACUGUAGCAGAAACGAUUUCACGUGGUCAGUCUAGCCAACUAAUCGGAAUGACCAUCCAGCUAACCAAAAUCACAGAAGUAGGGAGCGGGAAACCCCUGCCAGGGCCAAGGGCUCACCUGGUGACGAAGUUCAUCGGUGAAGGACAAUCCAGCAUCCUGUUGUGUGUGCAAGAUGUAAAAACAAGGGAGGAGUCGGCAUUGCGGAUCAAUUUGCUGCCCGCUAAUGAACAAUCCUCAAUUCUGGCCACAGGCGAGAGGAAUAUCUCCUCUCAAAUGGUACGGACAGCUCAAGCGAUCAUGGCAGUCCGAGGCGACACUCCUGCUGCUGCUGUAGCAAAGGAGAAAGGCAUAGCAGCGAUAACUUCUGUUGCUAAGAUCAAAGGCAUGCCGGAUGUGCUGCAUACUCAGCACUUCACCGUCCUGUCCACCGUCGAAAAGAUGGAAAAUAUUCAAGUGACCUUGAGAGAUGUGUUGGACGUCUUAGACUGGGUGCCCACAGGCACGAGGGCUUUUUUGGCCCGCCACGUCUUAAAGACUGUUCUGCAUUUGCAGUGGGCUGGGUGGAGCAACAACCAGAUCAACAGCAGCAGCUUUGGGGUGCAGGACGACGGUUCAGUGUUGUUGUUUGGAUUUGAGUCGAGCGUGCCUUUUGGCUCUGUCAUUCCCGCAGACGCAGAUGUGUCUGCGGUGUACACAGAGCCUGAGCUGCUGGCCAGCAUCGUAUGCGAGGAGAGCUGUGAAUUUCAACCAAUUGCAAACCCCAAGGCCGACCUGUGGAGUCUGGGGGUUCUUCUGUAUGAGAUACUGAUGGAUGGGGAACUGCCUUUUGGCCUCUCUUCUCUGCCUCCUGAUGAAGAAACAGUGGCUUACGUGGUGCAGCUGGGCGCCCACGCCUCUCCCGAGAGCUUAACUGUAGAUAUGGAAUACAGGGGCAUACACAAGAGGUGGCAGUCGCUGAUCGUACGGCUGCUAAAUCCCGACAGGGAAAAACGAAUCUCAGCAGAAGAAAUCGUUAAGGAUUUUUCCGACCUGCUAAACGGCCUUCCUGAACAGCAAGUGCUUGAUGACACAACUUUCCUGGACCUCUUCCUUCAAGAAAACCCUAACUUCUUUCGCGAGCAAGCCGAAAUGCCCAAUGUUAAACGAGGACUCAUGGGGGAGCAACGCCCUUCGUCCCCUGACGAACGUCAGGAGAGAGAGGAUGUUGCUGGUGCUGCAUCUGGUGCUGCUCCUGCUACGCCUGCUUCUCCUACUGGUGCAGAACCUAGACCCACACGACCGCAAGAGCUCCCUCUGCAAGCCCCAAAAACCGAUGAGCCUGUCAGGUCGACCGUAAGAACAGAAGGUCCUUAUGGGCCAGUCACAACUACAGAGACGGCAUCUAGGCAAGCCGAAAGCCCAGGAGAGGCUUAUGGGCCAACCUCAAGAACAGAAGGGCUGUACCGGCCACUCUCGAGACCAGAAGGCGCUUCUGGGCCAGGUGCACUACCAGGAGAGGCACAUACGCAAAUCCCAAUGCAAAUCCCAGCACCAGAAAAGGCUUUCGGACCAACCCCAAGACUGGCCGGACUUUACCGGCCAGUCUCGAAACCAGAAGACUCUCCUCGUCCAGUCGCACGACCAGGAGCAGCAUCUGGGCCAACCCCAGCCGCAGAAGAAGCUCACGGGCCAGUCACAAGAAUACGAGACCCUUCCAUGUCAACCGGAAGAACAGGAGAGACUGCUAUGCUGGUUACCCAGCAGGUGGCGGAAUCCUCUCGGCGGGAGGAGCAGCAGCAGGGGGCACCGACAACGACAGAGGUAGGUGUCGGAGAAGCAGACGAAGGGGAGGAGAAUCAAGCCGGGAGUACAAUAAACGAGGACAAAGAAGAGAAACAGGAGAACGGGGAACAGGAACAGAUUAGGGUGGGGAUCGCUGGCACGUCUACAGUAAGCCCAUUUGUCGGCUUUGGCUCUUAUAUUGAGGAACCGAGAGAUUGGGGAUUCCCAGGAAGAUCCUCAGGUGCAGAACCAAGAAACACUGGAACAAUAGGCAGCAGCGCAGCGCCAACCAGCUCCACUCCACGAAGCAGCAUCCGUACACCAUGGUCUCCAGCGACUAGACUUCCACAGAGUGGGCAAGGCGAGCGGCAUCGUCUUAGUGACUUUCUGAAAAAAACCCAACCCGCACCUGGUAGGCCCUCUUCUUCAGCAGCAACACCCUCACCCGCCUCUCUCCCCGAUUUUUUCCCCCCCAUUUUCGUCACGACACCUCAGCCGGCCACCUCAAGAUUCUGGAAUCCCGAGUUGGUGGGUGCGGGUGCGAUGAAGACAACAACAACAACAACAACAGCAACGCCGUUGAUGCGGCAUUAG